AUGACAACUAUAGAUAAAUUUCAAAGCAAAUUUCCUGCAAAUAUUGUCCGCAACCAAAAGUAUAACGUCUUUACAUUCUUGCCCAUUGUUCUAUAUGAACAAUUCAAAUUCUUCUUCAACUUGUACUUUCUACUUGUCGCACUGUCCCAAUUUGUUCCACAACUGAGAAUUGGACUCCUUGUCACGUACAUCGCGCCAUUGGCAUUUGUCCUAACCGUCACGAUGGGCAAAGAGGCGUACGAUGACUAUAAACGUCACCUGCGAGACAAAGAAGCCAAUUCUACUAAAUAUCUCAUUCUGGAACCUACUUCUUCUCCCCAAAGCUCUCACGAUGACUUGCCCGAGAAUGACGAUGACGUUACCAACCCGGACGCACCGUUAAACACUUCCACGGGGCCUCACACUCGAGCUGUUCCAAGCUCAAAAAUCCGUGUUGGGGACCUUGUUUUUCUUGAGAAGAAUCAACGCGUCCCUGCAGAUAUGGUCCUUUUGCGGACGUCAGACGCUAGUGGCACCUGUUUCAUACGUACUGAUCAACUUGACGGUGAAACGGAUUGGAAGCUGCGUGUUGCUGUGCCCACCUGUCAGAAACUACGGUCUGACAAGGAUUUGUUACGAUUAGACGCAGAGAUCUACGCUGAUAGUCCGAUAAAGGACAUCCACACUUUCAUUGGGACAUUUUCCAUCAACAAUCCACCCGCUGACCACCUCUCUGAAGGUGUACCUCUUGGCCCGGUCCCCAAAGUUGAACCUCUUACUGUUGAGAACGUCUUGUGGUCGAAUACAGUUCUCGCAGCAGGAUCUGCUAUCGGUUUAGUGAUCUACACUGGUUCCGAAACCCGCGCCGUUAUGAAUACUAGUCACCCCGAAACGAAGACUGGCUUGCUCGAGAUAGAGAUCAACCGUCUUGCUAAGAUCCUUUGCACAGUAACCUUCGCACUAUCCAUUGCCAUGGUGGCACUGAACGGGUUCCGUGGCCAGUGGUAUAUUUACGUUUUCAGGUUUCUUAUUCUAUUUUCUUCCAUUAUUCCUAUCAGCCUUCGGGUAAAUCUGGACAUGGGGAAGACGGUGUACUCGCAUCUCAUCAUGACGGAUAAUGAGAUUCCGAACACAAUCGUCAGGACCAGUACCCUGCCUGAAGAACUGGGACGCAUAGAAUACCUCCUAAGCGACAAGACAGGGACAUUGACGCAAAAUGAGAUGGAGCUCAAGAAGUUACAUAUGGGGACUAUGUCGUAUGGCUCUGACUCAAUGGACGAAGUCGCCCAUCAACUUGCUCUUGCCUUUGGGCUGAGAACCACUCCAACCGGCAUUCAAUUUUCCACAAGAGGCCGGCGCGACAUGUCUUCAAGGGUAAAGGACGUUGUCACUAGUCUCGCGCUUUGCCACAAUGUUACUCCCGUUACAAAUGACGAUGGUACUGUGACCUACCAGGCAUCCUCGCCAGAUGAGGUGGCUAUUGUCAGAUGGACUGAAUCAGUUGGACUCACGCUCGUCUUUCGCGAUCGCACCCAUAUGACUUUACAAACACCGGAAGGAGCGCACCUAGAGUUCGAGGUGUUAGAUAUUUUCCCAUUCACGUCAGAAUCAAAGCGCAUGGGCAUACUUGUUCGGGAAAUAACAUCCGGCGAGGUAAUUUUCUUACAGAAGGGAGCAGAUGUUGUGAUGGCGAAGAUCGUUCAACGCAAUGACUGGCUUGAAGAGGAAUGCGCGAACAUGGCACGCGAGGGUCUCCGGACACUUGUAAUCGGCAGGAAACGACUUAGUGAAGAGGCAUACACUACAUUCAAAGACCGCUAUCAUGAAGCCAGUGUUCAAUUGCAGAAUAGGAACGAAGCCAUGGCGGAUGUGGCUGCGGAGUUUCUGGAACAUGAUUUGGAGCUUUUAGGGCUGACCGGCGUCGAAGACAAGCUACAAGACGAUGUCAAGCUGACGAUCGAGCUACUCCGUAAUGCGGGAAUUAAGAUCUGGAUGUUGACUGGCGACAAAAUCGAAACGGCAACUUGUAUUGCGAUAUCAACGAAGCUUGUCGCACGAAAUCAGUAUAUACAUCAGGUCGCUAAGCUGAAAAAUUCGGACGAGGUGAAACAUCAAUUGGAUUUCCUCCAGGCGAAGCCCGACUGUUGUUUAGUCAUCGACGGAGAGUCGCUACAAGUGUGCUUAAACAUCUUCAAGAACGAGUUUAUUGAAAUCGCGACUAAGCUUUCUGCUGUUGUUGCUUGCCGUUGUUCGCCAACUCAAAAGGCAGACAUCGCAAGGUUAAUACGAAAACACACCAAAAAGCGAGUCUGCUGCAUUGGGGAUGGUGGAAACGACGUGAGCAUGAUCCAGGCUUCAGACGUCGGUGUUGGCAUUGUUGGAAAGGAGGGCAAACAGGCUUCGCUAGCUGCAGAUUUCUCCGUCACGCAGUUUAGCCACCUGACCAAACUCUUGCUCUGGCAUGGCCGGAACUCGUACAAGCGGUCUGCCAAGCUUGCACAAUUCGUGAUUCACCGUGGUCUCGUAAUCUCCAUCAUGCAAUGCGUGUUCUCCGCGAUCUUCUACUUCGCACCCAUAGCACUGUACCAGGGCUGGCUCCUGGCCGGCUACGCGACAAUUUACACAAUGGCACCCGUGUUCUCGCUCGUUCUGGACCGCGACGUGAACGAGGACGUUGCACUUUUGUACCCCGAAUUAUACAAGGAGCUCGUAAAGGGUCGAUCACUUUCAUUUAAGACGUUCUUCAUGUGGCUCAUGAUCAGCGUUUACCAAGGCGGAGCUAUUAUGAUCAUGUCCCUGUUACUAUUUGAGACCGAGUUUCUCAACAUCGUAUCAAUUUCGUUCACGGCACUCGUAUUGAAUGAGUUAAUUAUGGUAGCCGUCGAAAUAACGACAUGGCAUGUGUACAUGGUGCUUUCGGAGAUCGUUACGCUAUUGAUAUACGCUGUUAGCAUGUUCUUCCUACCGGAAUACUUCGAUCUCGCUUUUGUGACGACCGUUCGAUUCGCAUGGAAAGUAGGCUUGAUCGUGGCAGUUAGCGCGUUCCCUCUAUACCUCUACAAACUCAUCCGCAGCCGCGUUCGACCUUCAACAUCAAGUAAAUUAUUAUAG